CCUCAUUCCUGACCGAUGGCGCCACUUUCCACAGCCAGAUCAACGCUGACCACACCUCCACGCCACGGUCGUAAAAUCCUCAGGAUGUAUAAAGGGGGGAACAUGAGAAAAAGAGGAACCACAAUCUGAUCAGAGCAGACGAAGAUGGAGCUCUCCAUGGUGAACUGGGUGGUUGUGUCUGCGGGGUUCCUGCUGAUCUGGGCCAGCGCUGGCUCAGCUGCACCCUUGGAGUGCCACUUCAACUCAAGAGCGCUGUGUGUGUUCGCGGGGAAGCAGUACUCCCUGGGGGAAUCCUGGAUGGACGAUGCCUGCAUGCACUGCACCUGUCUGCACCCUGUUGGUGUCGGUUGCUGUGAGACAGUGCAUCGGCCGGUGGACUUCCCCGCCUGGUGUGAGGUACGGGUGGAACCAGUGACCUGCAAAGUGUUUCUGGUCCAGACAGCUGACCCUCGCCAGCUGUGCUACCCAGGUGAAACAAACCAGGAUCCGAGCCACGGAUCGCUUCACCUGCAGCAGCAGCAGCAGCAGCUUGAGGGUUAGAGACGAUUACGUGCACCGGUGAAGUUAUUUUAAACACAUAAUGAACCAUUUGUGUGAUUCUUGUGUACGCCAGACUUCCGUGUCUCCACACUUUAACGUUUUAAGUGCAGUUUUUAUCUCCU